AUGAGGAGGGCCGCGUCGGAGGCCUCGUUCACAGGCGGUCUGUGCGCAGUGUACAAGCCGGCGGGUUCGUCGUCGUUUGCCAUAGUGGCCCGCGUGCGCGACAUCUUGAAACGCGCUGAGGGGCUUCGACCACGCGAUCCCGCGGACGUUCGUCCAAGGACCCGCGUCCCCCAACCCAAGGUGGGCCACGGCGGCACCCUCGACCCCUUCGCCACUGGAGUGUUGGUGCUGGGUGUGGGUGACGGCUGCCGCCUUCUGCAGCAGUACCUCGUCGGCCCCAAGGAGUAUGUGGCGACCGGGCAGCUCGGCGUUGAAACCGACACACUGGACACCGAGGGCAAGGAGGUCCUGCACCGACCAUGCGACCACAUCACGAAAGAGAUGAUGGAGAAGACAAUAGAACAGUUCGUGGGCAACAUAUGGCAGGCGCCACCGGCCUAUUCUGCGCUGAGGGUCAACGGCGUGAGGGCCUACAAGCUCGCAAGGAGCGGGCAAGAGGUGGACAUACCACCGCGGCAAGUGUUCGUGCACUCCUUGACAUUGGUCGAUUUUAGUCCGCCCUUCUUCACCAUACGUGUCAAGACCGAUGGCGGGCUCUACGACAUUGGCCACAAGCUGGACUCGUGCGCCUACACCACGGCGCUCGAGCGCACGCAACACGGCCCCUUCACCCUCGACAUGGCCCUCCGCGAGCACCAGUGGACAGCCGAUGCCCUCCACCAGGCCAUCGCCAAAUGGCGAGCGGCCAACCCAACGCCCACAGCAUAG